AUGGCGCCAGUCACGUUCUGGCAAGCGCCGACGCAAUGGGUGUCGUAUAUGGCCCGCAAGAAGCCAGCGCUCUUCUGGUCUGUUGUAAUUGGUAGCUUGGGACCAGUCGCAUUGGUCACAAUCCCACCAAUCAGAUACAGACUAGGAGAUGGACCACGCCGACAAAUACCUCUCACAUAUCCAAUACCCAAAGGACCACGGCAACCACCGAAGGGUUACGAAGACUAG